CAACUUUCCCUCAGGAGGCUCCUUCUACUGAUCGCAGAUCUUUUACUGUUCUGUUUUUAAACUCAAUUCUGAAGUGGUUUUAGCUCUUUGCCCGUCAUGCCUCGUGGAAGAUCAGCGAUAAGCGUCCACUCUGACUCCAGCGACAUGGACAUUGAUGCACUUGCAGAGGCAGAGAUGAGCAAGUUACAGAAGCAGUUUCGCAUCAUGGAGGGAGAUCGGCAGGCCUACAGCGUCCAGUCACAGGAGCUUAUUCGCAAACAACGUCUUGAGAUAGAAAAGCUGCGCAAGGAGCACGAGGAACUGCAGAAGAACCUGCGUGUAUCUGAGAGCCAGUCACGCAAGCAGGCUGACAGCCAUGACGCCCAGCAGCUCCGGACUCUCCUGAACCGCCGCAAUGAGCUCGAGCAGCAGCUGGAGAGAGAGAGACUCAGUCAAGCAGAGCUGGAGCGAGAGAUCCAGAGUAUUCAGAAAAAACUGGAAGUGCUGAGAAAAGGGGAUGUAGGUACCUUUCACAGUCAGAAGUCUCAAGCUCUUCACAUCCAAAAGGCCACUCGCACCCUGGAAAAUAAACUGGACCGGGCUCUCAUUCGCUUCAACCAGCAGCUGGUGAAGAACAGCCAGCUGAGAGAAGAGCUGGAGACGCUGCGUGUGGAGCGCGUCCGCUUCCAGCAGCUGCACCGCAAACUGGAAAAGGAGCUUCAGGAAAUCCGGCGGGAGAUUGGUGAUGUCAUCGGCAUGUCAACGGCAGCUUAUGAUGCCAGAAUGGAGGCCCAGACGAAGAUGACGAUGAUGAAGGAGAAGGCGGUGAAGGACCUGGCGCAGUACAACGCUGAAAUAAAGGAGCUAGAGAGGCUGAUCGCACACGAGCAGCGUCUUAAAGACUUCAUGACUAUCAAGUGCAACGAGAGCACGGGACUGGACAAUGUCCUCAGUCACAAACACGAAAUAAAGGAGCAGCAGAAGAACGACUCAGAGGUGGCAGCGGAGACUCUAGAGGAAGUUUUUCAGCGGAUCAAGAAAGUGACCGGCGAAGACGAUUUGGAAAUUCUAGUCACUAAAUUUAUCCAGGCCGAAGACAGGAACUUUGCUCUCUUUAAUUACGUGAACGAGCAAAACACACACGCAGAGACGCUGAAAGAUGAAAUCAGACAGAUCAAAGAGGAUAUGGAGAGGUUUGAGGUGGAGGAUCAGCAGCAGGAGCAGGAGCAUCACACCACCCUCAAUCAGACGAAGGAGCAGCAGCGUGACACUGAAGCUCAGGCCCUGGAGUACGAGGCCCAAGCCAAGGAAACCACAAAGAUCCUGGAUCAGAUAAAGACAGGAGUGAGCAGUUUGUUUAAUAAGCUCAAUUGCGACCGUGCGGCGGUGGAUGACCUGCUCGGUUCUUCAUCUGGAAUCAGAGACUCCAACAUCAUGACGUAUUUGAAGCUGGUGGAGCAGAAAACCAACGAGCUUCUCACUGUGCAGGCCUUCAUCAGCUCCAAGGACCGGGAGAAGUAUUAUGAUGCAAAAUUGGUGGCUCAGGUGCUGCUUGGGCAAAGUGCGGAGAUGCAGAAACAAGCUCCUGUCAUACAGCCUCCUGUCUCUGGCGAUGACUACGAUACAGAAGAGCUGCUACUCCCACAUGACGAUGAGAGACCUUUGACCCAGGAAGAACUCCGUCAGUGCAUUAUGAACAGGAUUCUUCAAAAGGAGGAAGCAUUGCAUGCUGGGAAAAGCAAAGAGGUGAGGUCUGCUAAACUCAGCGCUCUGUCCAGUCACAGACAGAAUACACACGAAUUCACACUCUGAAGACUCGACUCAACUGUCGCACGAUCUUUGUUAUUGUACCUGUGUGUUAAAAAUGCUGUGUGAAAUUAAUUACACUUCCAACUUCUCCACUUCUGAAUAGCAAACUGACAAAAGUCACAGACAUUUAAAGCAAGGUGAAUGUUCAUAAUGACAUUUUUAAUACAAUACUCUACUUCUCAGAUCUACCGAAACGACACGUUUAAUCCCUGUAGUAACAUCAUUUCCAGUAGGAAGCAGCUUUCCCUCACAUCUCGAGUUCAUGUAACCCCUGGUAUUAAGGGGUAUUGCAGUUUGGCAACCUAACAGCAGGGGGCAGUGUGUUCAUUUGGGGUCAUUUGUACCAUGUAAUCCUUAAAUGAGUUACAAGGUUUAUCCUGGGAGAUAUAAUCAUGUGCCAGGCUCUGGGGAGGAGAGAAAAAUAGGUGGGCUUAAUAUCAGUGGAAAACUUUGAAGAGUGGGCUGGGUCAAGUUCCCAGGUCAUGUGACUCCAUAUCAGCACUCACGCAACAACACAUCAAAAAGAACAACAUGGAGGCUAACGGCAGCAAGGAAGGAAGCGUUCAACACAAGAUCUUGAAUAAAUUACUUUUAUGAAAAGAAUGUUUUGAGAAUGAUAUAUGAUUAUGAUUCCCAACCUGGAAAACAUGACAGUAAAGUGUCUGUGUCCCAGAGGAAAGAAACGUUUCCCAAAUAGGUUUUAAAAAAGGAAUGAUCACAAAUGGGCAUAUCAACGAUUUUGUGUGUAAAAUGACAUUUUAGUGAUUUCAUUACAAACAUCAGCGCUGUUUAAACAUCAGCUUGUAUAUAUUUAAAAAUGCUGCACAUGGAAUACAUACAAUACACCUCGAAUGUAUUAAAAAAAUUAAUGAAUCGAUUCAUUCGCACUUACUUUUAUAAGCCAUUUAAUACGCAUUAAUUGACUGAAACACAU